AACUGUAUGUAUACAGGAUUCUAUGCUUGAGAGUCUGAAACUUGAGGUGCUGAAACUAAAAAACAAAGUGAACUUCAUUCGUGGAGUUGUCAAAGGAGAAAUCAAUCUGGUAGGAAGAGACAAAGCUGAUCAAGUUAUAGAAUUGAAACAGAGAAAGUUUACACCAUUUCCGAGGAAGUUAAUGCCUGGAGAAUCUGAAGAAAGCUCAGGGUCAGAAUAUGACUACUUAUUGAAAAUAGGUUUUGAAUCGUUCAAUGAAAAGACUGCCAAGGAGUUAUUGUCAGACCAUGAUAAAAUAAUUGAAGCAAUAAAGGGCUUGGAAAAUCAGACGCCGAGGGAUCUCUGGCUGAGAGACUUGGACUCUUUUGACAAGGAACUCGAUGAACUUGAUAAGGCCCAACUAGGGAGAGGCGCAGCAAUGGAAACAAUCAGGGCCAGUUCUGGAGCACCAGUAAAGGCUAAAGAACAGGCGCCAAAGGAACCGGUAGCAAAGAAGACCACAAAGAAAGCCAGUGAAUCUGAAACAACAGAGGCUUCCUAUUCAGCAAUGGACACUG